GACAGCGCAGGUCCUGGCCUCCAGCCGGGGAUCCGGGGCGGCGAGUCACGCUCCAGCCCAGCCGCCGGCCUCCAGCAGGCCCCCGACGCGCACGCGCAUGGAGGGGCAAGCGAGCCCCGCGGGCGAGUCCCGCACUCCACGCGCGCCGCCUGUGCUGUUCCGUGGCCCUGUGGAGCCUCUUGUCUUCCUGGCUAAUUUUGCCUUGGUCCUGCAGGGCCCGGUCACCACGCAGUAUCUGUGGCACCGUUUCAGCGCGGAUCUCGGCUACAAUGGCACUCGCGACCGAGGGAACUGCGGCAACCAUAGCGUGGACCCCAGGAUGAAGGAAGUGGAAACCCUUACCUCCCAUUGGACCCUGUACAUGAAUGUGGGCGGCUUCCUGGUGGAUAUCUUCUCAUCCACGCUGCUUGGAGCCUGGAGUGACCAGGUGGGCCGCCGCCCGCUGCUGGUGUUGGCCUCGCUUGGCCUGCUGCUGCAAGCUGUGGUGUCCAUCUUUGUGGUGCAGCUCCAACUCCACGUCGGCUACUUUGUGCUAGGCCGCAUCCUUUGUGCCUUCCUCGGUGACUUCAAUGGGCUCUUGGCUGCUAGCUUUGCCUCCGUAGCAGAUGUCAGCUCUAACCACAGCCGCACCUUCCGAAUGGCUCUGCUGGAAGCGUGCAUUGGCGUGGCUGGGAUGUUGGCAAGCCUCCUUGGGGGUCACUGGCUCCGGGCCCAGGGUUAUGCUAACCCCUUCUGGUUGGCUUUGGCCUUGCUAAUAGUCAUGACUCUAUAUGCAGCAUUCUGCUUUGGCGAGACGUUGAAGGAGCCAAAAUCCACCCGGCUAUUCACUCUCCGUCAUCAUCGAUCCAUUGUCCACCUCUACCUGUCUCCAGCCCCGGAAAAGUCCAGGAAGCAUUUAGCCCUGUACUCAUUGGCUUUCUUCCUGGUGAUCACCGUGCACUUUGGGGCUCAGGACAUCCUGACCAUCUAUGAGUUGAGCACACCACUGUGCUGGGACUCCAGGCUGAUUGGCUAUGGUUCUGCGGCCCAGCAACUCCCCUACCUCACCAGUCUGCUGGGCCUUCGGCUUCUGCAGUGCUGCCUGGCCGACACCUGGGUGGCUGAGAUUGGUCUGACCUUCAACAUUCUGGGGUUGGUGGUGUUUGCAUUUGCUACCAUUACAGCUCUCAUGUUCACAGGGUAUGGCUUACUCUUCCUGUCAUUAGUCAUCACACCUAUCAUCCGGGCCAAGCUGUCCAAGCUGGUGGGCGAGUCUGAGCAGGGUGCUCUCUUUUCUGCUGUGGCCUGUGUGAGUAGCUUGGCCAUGCUGGCAGCCUCCGGGAUCUUCAACUCACUCUAUCCAGCCACUCUGAACUUCAUGAAGGGAUUCCCCUUCCUCCUGGGAGCUGGUCUCCUCUUCAUCCCAGCCAUUUUGAUUGGCAUGCUGGAAAGGGAUCAUCCUCACUCUGAAUUCCAGAAUAUUUCUUAGAGCCCCUGAUCCACCUGUGCCAGAGGACAGAGGUCAAGAGAAGCAGAGUGAACACACUGAAUGCAAGUUCGCAUCUGGGAACCAGAGAGGGCAGCACUUCCUUUGACAAGGUGGUCAAGCUCAUUCAAGGUGCCACCUGGUCCAGAGCUGAGCCAGCCUCUGUCUAGGAUCAAGAAUCCCAAUCUGACAGGCCCACUCCAGGGCAGGCAGAAGGGGUCCAUUUUCCUUUUAUGACAUCCAUCACUUGGAACCCUCUAAGGGAGACAAGAAGACCUGAUGGAGUGAAACCUCAGGGACCAAGUGAAGUGUGUGAGCUGGCAUCACUCCCUUCCAGCCCAAACUACACAGCCACGUGUUCUUGAUUUGUGCAGCAGCUGCCAAUCAAUCAUUCCUUAAUGAUGACUAUGGUAUCCAGUUAGUGCCAGUCUUGGGGCAGGGGCAGGCUUUGGGAGGGACGUGGUUCCUCUGAAGGGAGAAUGCUGCUGUCACUGUGGAUGGACUUAAUCCUUGACUACAGCAUUCCCACCCCUGGGUUUAACUGUGCCAAUCAUAAUAAAUUAAUAGAAUCAAACCAAAAAGAACCUUCUGGUCCCCAAGGCAU